AAUGGGCCUACACGGGAAUACAUGGGGCGUCGCACUGGGCAGCAGCGUUCCCCACCUGUGGGAAAGAUCAGCAGUCGCCUAUUGAUAUCUUGGAAGGGGACAUCAGAUUCGACAAGGAGCUGCCACCAAUCAAGUACUCGAACUACAACACCACUCUAGUGUUACUAAGUGGGUCGACCCCGGUCACAGUUUCUGCAGGGGGACUGCCUGCCGGGGUCUUCAGGGCUUUCCAGAUCCACCUUCACUGGGGGAUCACCGAGAAUUUGGGAUCAGAGCAUCUCCUCAACGGAUUGGCGUAUCCUAUGGAGCUACAUAUUGUCCACUAUAACACCAAGUACGCUAGCCCAGGCGUCGCCCUCCAGAACCCGGACGGCUUGGCUGUUCUUGGAUUCUUCUACGAGGUGGCGAAGGAGGACAACCCCUCGUAUGCUUCCAUCGUUGGGAAACUACCAGCCAUUCUGUAUUCAGGACUGAAGACCAACAUCGGCUCCGUUCCACUGAACUCGUUGUUGCCCAGGUCAUUCAAACGGUUCUUCAGAUACCCCGGAAGUCUAACAACUCCACCAUGUCAUGAAUCGGUGACCUGGACGGUUUUCAAGGACACCAUUCCCAUCUCCCAGAUUCAGCUGGAGGCCUUUAGAAUCUUGCUGGACCCACACGCGAGACCCAUGUCCAACAACUUCAGACCGGUCCAGCCACUGAACCAUCGACACGUCAGCGCCAACUUUGACCCAGAUAUCCGCUGGAGCUACAGAGGUGCCACCGUCAGUACUGAACAAUGGCCGCUCUACUACUCUGCCUGCAAGGGUGACAACCAAUCACCGAUCGCCAUACCCACACGUGCAAGCCGCUUUGAUCCCAAACUUCAAAAACUGGACUUUCACAACUAUGACAGAGUCCCGAGCGGUCAGUAUAAGUUGACCAACAACGGACACACGGCCAGCCUGGACAUCAGUUCUGCAGACGCCAGCAUAUCUGGAGGUGGUCUACCUGGGACCUACCUGGCUGCUCGCCUAGACUUCCACUGGGGAUCACACGACAACACGGGAUCUGAACAUACUUUGGACAACAGAGCAUAUCCUAUGGAGCUGCAGAUCGUUCACUACAAGAAAUCACUGGCCAACCUGACCCGAGCUGUGUUUGAGCAGGAGGGACUAGCUGUUCUUGCAGUCUUCUUCGAGAUCUCUGCAAAAGACAACCCUGCCUUUGAUACGUUAGUGAAGAGUCUUCGUGUGGUCAGGGUGCCAG